GAGAAUAUUAUGACAUUUGUGAAGAACGAGCUGAAGAUGUUCAAGAGGAUUCUUAGUCCAGAACUCCCAGAAGGCUUUGAGAGUCAGAAGCAGGAUAAGGAAGUGGUGGAUGCUGAAGAUGAGAAGCAGGAGAGCAUUGCCAGAGAGGGGGCUCUGAAGAUCACACUGCACGUCCUGAGGAAAAUGAACCAGAAGGAGCUUGCUGACACACUGGAGAAAAAUGAGCUUGCUGUGAUUUGCCAACGUGAACUCAAAUCUAAUCUAAAGAAGAAGUUUCAAUGUGUAUUUGAGGGGAUCGCUAAACAAGGAAACCCAACACUUCUCAAUAACAUCUACACAGAGCUCUACAUCACAGAGGGUGGAACAGGAGAGGUCAAUACUGAACAUGAGCUGAGACAGAUUGAGACAACAACCAGGAAACAAGCAAGACCAGAGACUGCAGUCAAAUGUAACGACAUCUUCAAACCCUUAACUGGACAAGACAAACUUAUCAGAACUGUGCUGACAAAGGGAGUCGCUGGCAUUGGAAAAACAGUCUCUGUGCAGAAGUUCAUUCUGGACUGGGCUGAAGGAAAAGCAAAUCAGGAUGUCCAAUUUGUAUUUUCAUUCCCUUUUCGGGAGCUGAAUUUGAUGAAAAAGGAAAAACACACUUUGAUUGCACUUCUCAAUCACUUCUCAAUGGAAACCAAAGAGUCAAGAAUCUCCAACUACGACAAGUACAAAGUUCUGUUCAUCUUUGAUGGUCUGGAUGAGUGCCGACUGCCCCUAGACUUCCAGAAGAACAAGAUCUGUUGUGACGUCACAGAGUCAACCUCAGUGGAUGUUCUGCUGACAAAUCUCAUCAAUGGAAAUCUGCUUCCCUCUGCUCUCCUCUGGAUAACUACCCGACCUGCAGCAGCCAAUAAGAUCCGUUCAGGGUGUGUUGACCAGGUGACAGAGGUACGAGGGUUCAAUGACCCACAGAAGGAGGAGUACUUCAGGAAGAGAUUCAGUGAUGAGGACCUGGCCAGCAGAAUCAUCUCACACAUAAAGACAUCAAGGAGCCUCCACAUCAUGUGCCACAUUCCAGUCUUCUGUUGGAUUUCUGCAACAGUCCUUGAAAACAUGUUGAGUACAGACCAGAGAGAAGAGAUGCCCAAGACUCUGACUGAGAUGUACUCACACCUUGUGGUGUUUCAUACUGAACAGAAGAAUGAAAAGUAUCUUGGGAAAGAAGAGACAGGUCCACACUGGAAUAAAGAGAGCAUUCUGUCACUGGGAAAACUGGCUUUUCAACAGCUUAUGAAUGGCAAUCUGAUUUUCUAUGAAGAAGACCUGAAAGAGGCUGGCAUUGAUGUCAAUGAAGCCUCAGUGUACUCAGGAUUGUGCACACAGCUCUUUAAAGAGGAAUGUGUGCUGUACCAGGACAAGGUGUACUGCUUCGUGCAUCUGAGUAUUCAGGAGUUUCUGGCUGCUGUAUAUGUGUUCCUCUCAUUCAUCAACAACAAUGAGAAUCUAAUGGCCGAUCCGCAAGUUACUGAAGUUACUGUUUACAAGAGUGCUGUGGAUAAAGCCUUACAAAGUGAGACAGGAAACCUGGACCUGUUCCUCCGCUUCCUUCUGGGCCUCUCACUGGAGUCCAAUCAGAAGUACUUACGAGGUCUACUGACAAAGACAAGAAGCAGCUCACAGAGCCAUAAAGAAACAGUCAUGUACAUCAAGGAGAAGAUCAGGGAGAAUCCCUCUCCAGAGAGGUGCAUCAAUCUGUUCCACUGUCUGAAUGAACUGAAUGACCAUUCUCUAGUGGAGGAGAUCCAAAGCUACCUGAGCUCAGGAAGUCUCUCAGAAGAAGAACUGUCACCUGCACAGUGGUCAGCUCUGGUCUUUGUGUUGCUGACUUCAGAAAAGGAGCUGGAUGUGUUUGACCUGAAGAAAUACUCAAGAUCAGAGGAAGGUCUUCUAAGGCUGCUGCCAGUGGUCAAAGCCUCCAGAGCUGCUCUGCUGUCAGGCUGUGGAGUCACCGAGGAAGGCUGUGCUUCUCUGGUCUCAGCUCUGAAGUCAAACCCCUCACACCUGAGAGAGCUGGAUCUGAGUAACAAUGACCUGAAGGAUUCAGGAGUGAAGCUGCUCUCUGCUGGACUGGGGAAUCCCCACUGUAAACUCACACUGGACCCAAACACAGUAAACAGAUUCCUCUCUCUGUCUGAGGAGAACAGAAAGGUGACAUGUAGGACAGAGGAGCAGCCGUAUCCUGAUCACCCAGAGAGAUUUGAGGUCUAUAGACAGGUGCUGUGUAGAGAGGGUCUGACUGGGCGCUGUUACUGGGAGGUAGAGUGGAGUGGGAGUGGGGCUGGUAUAGGAGUGACAUAUAAAGGAAUCAGCAGGAGAGGAGGGGGUGAUGACUGUGUGAUUGGAUACAAUGACAAGUCCUGGAGUCUGUUCUGCUCUGACAACAGUUACUCUGCCAGGCACAAUAAUAAGUCCACUACCAUAGACGUCCCCUCCUCCAGCCCCCACAGAGUAGGAGUGUAUCUGGACUGGCCAGCCGGCACUCUGUCAUUCUACAGAGUCUCCUCUGACACACUGACCCACCUGAACACAUUCCACUCCACAUUCACUGAGCCCCUCUAUCCA